UUAGUCGAUAAAUUAAAUGAAAUUGGUGUUCGUUGGGCAGAAAGUCGACAUAAAACUUUUCAUUGUAUUACACCAGAUUGUGGACAAUGGUGGUUUAUUGAACAAUUACAAGGAAAUAAUAUUGUCUAUUGUGAUGGUUGUAAACAUUGGAUAUGUAUGACUUGUGUAGCUGUGCAUGAAGGUCAAAAUUGUCUUGAAUAUCAAGAAGAUCUCAAAAUUCGAGCUAUGAAUGAUGCAACAGCUCGUAAAGAUCAAGAACAUUUAGAAGAAAUGAUCAAACGACGAGAAGCUAUGUAUUGUCCCGGUUGUCGAGUAAUUAUACAAAAACUAUCUGGCUGUGAUUGGCUACAAUGUACGCAAUGUAAAAUGGAAAUUUGCUGGCCGACUCGUGGUCCUCGAUGGGGUCCAGGUGGACGUGGUGAUACAUCAGGUGGAUGUCGAUGUCGAGUAGAUAAAGGAAAAUUGUGUACAAAAGAUUGUCAAAAUUGUCAUUAA